AUGGCGGCACGAAUCCAUAGAUUUCUCGAUCGUAAUUCGUAUUCUUCACCGAAAUUAAUUCAUGUAGUCGAAUCAAAAUAUUUUACAUUAUUUCUGGUUGCUGUAAUUAUAUCAAAUACAUUUCUAAUGAUUUUAGAAACAUAUGAUAGUUACUAUAAAAAAUUUCAUUCAUUCUUUCUUAUAUCUGAAAAAAUUUAUCUAUGCAUUUAUAUUAUUGAAUGUUGUUUUAAAUUAUGGGUAGGUAAAAUUCAAGUAUUUUCGGAUGAUGUUAAAAUUGAAUUAACACAUUUCGUAUAUUCAUGGAGAUUUUUUAAAACUUUAUGGAAUUGUUUUGAUCUAUUUAUUAUUAUAAUAAAUAUAAUUGACUUUAUAACACAAGAGUUAACGCAUGAUCACAGUAGCGCAUCAUUACAAAUUGAUCAUAAUCAACAUUUACAUACACAAUUUGAACAAAUAAAUCAUUUUUUUAAAAUUCUUCGUGUUCUACGUGUACUUCGAAGUUUUCGAGCAUUACGAGUAAUUCGUACAAUACGUUUCAUUCAGUCAAUUCGUAUAAUUGUUAAUACAUGCUCAAAAGCAUUACCUGCUAUGGCUAGUAUUAUAUUUAUUAUGAUUAUAAUAACAUGUAUAUCAGCAAUUAUUGCCAGAAGUUUAUUUGGUGAUGUAUGCCCUGAAAAAUUCAGCAAUCUUGUUAAAACAUGUUUUUCUCUAUUUACAUUAUUAACACUUGAUGAUUGGUAUUCUGUAUAUCAAGUAUGUGCUGAACGUGAUUAUUCGAAUUUCCAAUUAGCUUUUUGUUUAAUUUAUAUAUUUAUUAUUAAUUUUAUUUUACUUAACCUUCUUAUGGCUGUACUUGUUGAUAGUUUUCAAAGUACUCUUGAUUGUGAUGGAAAAAAUGACAAUCAAUCGAAAACUGAAAAUAAUAAUGAUGAAGAACGCAUAGUGAAAAAUUUAACACAACUAACAGAAGAAUAUUGCGACGAUAGAAAAGUUAAUAAAGAAAAUGAUGACAUUUCAAUGUAUGACAGAGAAGAACAUCGAAAUGAAAUAGAUAAUCCAUCGAGAGAUUAUCGACAAGAACAAAAUUCAUUGCCUAUUGAAAAUAUCGUGAAACAAUAUUUUAUGUUAAUGGAAAGUUUAGAAUUUCGAAUGCAAAGACAUGAACAAUUAACUAAGUUAGCGCAAAAAUUAAUUAACUUAACGCUGAUUGAGCAAGAAAAUCGAAAAAUUAACAUGAAAAAAUAA